AUGGUUGAAUUUAUGAUUACAGGUGACACUCCUAAAACUUCACUUGAUUUCGAAACAGAAUUAAUAAAAUCUAAACUCCAACAAAUUAACACCAAUAAAACCACAAAAGAAAAUGAAAUCGAUAAAUUACGCGUAGAAUUAAAUAACUUAAAAAUUAUGUGUGGCCAACUUAUAAACAAUGAACAAAAUAAACAACACCAAAGUAACAUAGAACAAAAUAAUUCACUCGCACUUAAAAAUAAACAAGAGCAAAAUAAGUUUAACAAUCAACAAUGGCAUACACAAGAACCUCAAACACAUAAUACUUCAUAUAAUAAUACACCAUAUUGGAACACAAAUCCAACACAGUACAACCAAUCAUAUUCCCCAUCAAAUCCAAUGAACAAUAUGUCACAAAUAAAUUAUUCGCCAUAUAAUUAUAGGGACUCUAAUAUUCAAAAAAAGCAAUGUUCAAUUUGCUCAAAAACUAAUCACUCAGAAGAUAAAUGCUUUUUUAGAAAUAAACCACGCCCAUCAGUGUGUCAAAUUUGUAAUAAGUUCGGGCAUACCGCUAACAAUUGUGAUCUAUACAUCAACAAUUCAAAAAACUAA